AUGGCUUCGGAAAAGGAAAAUGAAGUCCUGUCAAUGUUUUUUGACGAUGCCUUUGUGCCUCACGACUACCUUGACGCCCUAUUUACAUCUUCACUAAAUCUCACCGGUCCACAAUUAAAAAACAAGUCCGUGACAUUCGCAUCUCCCAACUCUCUUAAAUCACUACAAGGUAAAUGUCUCUCGCUAUUGACACAUUUGGACUAUUACACCAACGAGCUCACGCGCCAAUUUGAGAAGAAGCUUCAAGAUUUGCACAAUUCGUCGUCUAUAAUAUCAUACGCCUCGGAAAAUAGUGGAGGCAUUACCAGGCUGGAGUACUACGUGGAAUAUCUAGCUUCCUCCAUCAACUCUCUCAACAGAGAUAUGGACGACGUGAACGCAAGAUUGAACAACGUGCAGCAUCGCCCAGAGUCACAGGAGCUAAUCAAAGACAUUCAAACACUCAAACUGGUGAAAGACCGUAUACAAGCUGUGCUAAAUAUAUUCGAGAGUGUUCAAGCAGUGGUGCUGACGAGUGCAAUCGAAGACGAAAGGUUGAAUGGCGCGCAUCAAUCUUCUUCAUUGGCGCCAACAGGUGCGUCCUCCGAUGAGGCAGCUACCAAUGUCUCACUGGACACGUUUUCGUCCUCACUCAACAUCUUGGAAGAGACGAUUAUGGAACAAAUACAGAAGGAAAAAGGAUUAGGCGAGCCGAACAACGACCUUUUGGAGAAGAUCCAGGUUCUUGUGGAUUUGACUCCCUUCUUCAAGAGCCUCACCAGGUUCUACCCUGUCUAUGCUGAUUUUGCUCAGUUCCUGGAGAACGAGAAAAAACGGUACCUUGCAAAAUUUAAUAAAUAG